AUGGCCUCAUCAGUCAAGAACCUUUGUACAAUUUGCCAUGAUGAUGGGAUAUUCAACCCAGCAGUCAUAUGGUGCACAGAAUGCGCGGUUUUCUUUUGUAGAGACUGUGAAAAACCACACAGUAAGUUCCAUCUGUCUACGAAUCAUAAAACCAUGUCAACUGAAGAUUACCGAAAGUUACCUACAUUCAUGCAAGAAAUAAGUAGCCAAUGCAAAGACCACAAGAAAAAAAUUGAACUUUACUGUCCUUUCCAUGCCAGUCCAUGCUGUGUCCAGUGCAUCACUGAUAAACAUUCGAAAUGUCAUGAAAUGAAACCCUUGUCUGAUAUCCUAAAGCAAGUCAAAUCAUCGGCCUCGGUUCAACUUUUUGAAAAAGAUUUAAAGGAUGCGAAGGAAAACUUAGAUACAGCCAUAAAGUAUAUGAAAAACAAGAUUAGUACUAUCAAUACUCAGAAAUCCAAAGCCACUGAGGAAAUCUGCUAUAUGAGGAAGUUGAUCAAUGAUUAUUUAAACAAAUUGGAACAAGACCUACUUAAUGACUUAGAUUCUAAACAUUCAAAGCUUAAAUCAAACAUGGACACUCUCGUUCAACAAAUGGAACACCAAGCCAGUCAAAUAGACCUAAUGCAGAGCCAGUUUACCAAAAUGACGCAAUAUGCUACAGAGCUGCAGAUGUAUAUUGGUUUGAGAGAAAUUGAGAAAAUAGCAUCACAAGCGACAAAAUAUUCUGAAGAUUUAGAAAGUGCUGAAGAAAAGAAUCUAGAGAUGGUACUUUUAUAA